GCCGCCGUCGCCACGGCAACGGGCGGGCGGCGCAGCGCCUCGCCUCUCGGGAUUCCCCGGGGCGGGGCCCCGUGCGCCUGCCCGCCUCGGCGACGUCAGCGGCCGCGCUGCGUCAGGCGGCCCGUGCCGGAAGCGCGGGGAGGAAGGCGCGAGCUGCCCGGCUGGCUCCGCGGAGGGGGGCCAUGGCGGCGGGGUAUCACUACAGGCCCAACGGCGGCGGCGGCGCCGCGCUGCCCGACCCCGCCUUCCUGUGGAACGUCUUCCAGAGGGUUGAUAAAGAUAGGAGUGGAAUAAUAUCUGAUAAUGAACUUCAGCAGGCAUUAUCCAAUGGCACCUGGACUCCAUUUAAUCCAGCAACAGUCAGGUCAAUUCUUGGCAUGUUUGACAGAGAAAACAAAGGUGGUGUGAACUUCAAUGAAUUCACAGGAGUCUGGAAGUACAUCUCAGACUGGCAGAAUGUCUUUCGAACAUAUGACAGAGACAAUUCUGGAAUGAUUGACAAAAAUGAACUAAAGCAAGCACUAACAGGUUUUGGUUACCGACUGUCUGAUCAAUUCUACGAUAUCCUUAUUCGGAAAUUUGACAGACAAGGAAGAGGACAAGUUGCUUUUGAUGACUUUAUUCAGUGCUGUGUUGUUUUACAGAGGUUGACUGAUGUGUUCCGACGAUACGAUACUGAUCAAGAUGGCUGGAUUCAGGUGUCCUAUGAGCAAUACCUUUCCAUGGUCUUCAGCAUUGUAUGACACAGAUAACUGGGAAUUGCACACUGGCAUUACACAGACUGGAGUUGCCAAAUCAUCCUGUACUGAAUAAGAUUAUUGGUGUAUUAUAAUGGAUAUAACUUCACAUUCUUAGAUUUUGUAUGUUGGUCAUCACCUUCAGAAUCUGCACUUGAGUUGGUUUUUAUUUUGUAUUACUGUACGAUACGACCAUCUCUGCUUACUGUAGUACAGAAAGCACAGAAUCUAGAGUUAACUGGUGCAAUGUCAAACUUAACCUUCUUCCACAUAUCCUGCAUGGGGAAAAAUGACUCUUUAGAAAUGCCAAAUUAAAAUAAUGCUUGUUAGUUUGUAAGAGAGUUGAAAGUCAGAAGUUGCACAACAUGUUUUGCAUGUGCCUUACUUUUAUAAGAGUUUAAUGUAUUAAUUUUUAAUACAGAAUUUAAAAUUAAGUAAAAAUAUCAGAUCAA